AUGCCGCUACCCGGGGCAGGGGCAGGGGGCAGAGGACAGAGGACGGACGGCGGGCUCCCGGGCCCUGCGCCCUCGGAAACGAGCGAGCCCGGAGGAGCGAGCACGCCACAACCGAGUCCCUCGUCGCAGGGCGGGCAGGCGAGCUUGGCCAGGACCCAUACCCCACGGAGGUCGUGCCACCCGGGCACCGAGGCUCGUCGCCCCAGGGGUCGGGCGCGCGGAAAGCCGCGAGUCACGGGACGGCCCGCAUGCCAGACAGGGAGGCUGGGGAAUGUGGUUCGAUCCACGGUCCACAGCGGCUGCAGUGGCCUUGACCCAUGUCCGGCACACCCUCCCGCCUCUUUCCCCGGCGCCGGCCCCACCGAGGUCCACCCCGACUGGCCUCAGAAGUUAACUGUACUGCUGCGGGCCCCAGGCUCCCGAGCUGUCCUACAGGAGACCCUGCAGUGCCCUCCAGCUCAUCCAAUUCCACGUGUCAUCAGUGACACAGACAGGAGGGGCAUCCUAUGGAACCUAAGGUUACAGAGAUCUCAGGACCAGAGGGCUGGGGGAAAGCAAGCGCUCUGGGACAAGACACUGCAGGCGUGGUUGGCGUCCCAGCUUCUGGUGAUCCUUGCAAGCUGCCCUUGCCAGGCCAUCACCCCAACAAAUGGCUGCGAAGACCCUGGAGUGCUGGGGGGAAGUGCACGCAGGGGCAGCCUCACAGCCCCCUCUCCAGGGUCUCAGUCUCCCUCCAGCAGGACUCUGGUGCUGAGAGCUGGCUUUCCCCUGGAGAACAGGUGAGGCUGUGCCUCCCCACUGCGUCGGCCGAGCCAGGCUUCUGGGCCCUGACUGUCAACACUGCAAGGAGACGUCCUACAAACACCUUAGUUCCCAAAGGGGCCUUGACACCAACGGAGACCUAAGGUGAACCUGUUUCAGAUAAAGUACCUUAUGCCUCUAUAAAGCGGCCCGCAGCGUCUUUGUCUACACACACAUCCUCCUCGUGAGCCUGGAGACAGCCUCUGAGCCCAUGACAUAGCUGAGGCCUAGAGUCAGCCACUUACCACAGGGAGGCCCAUGGCUGCUGACACCACUCUCCUCCAGCUCACCGCACAGCCCCUCAAAACCCAACACAUCCUCUCUGGAUACAAUACCUCAGUUUUAUCUGUUACCGAAAGAUAAAUGCACUCUCAAAAUGUUUAUUCCAAAAAAUACUUCAUUUAUCAAACAAUAUAUCCAUAAUCUAUAACAUGAUCCAAAAAUACAGAUAUACAUCUUAACAUUAUUUAAUAAAAAGUUUUACAUUAUCUUUCUUUUACAAAGGGAACAUAGAUAAUAAUUCCUUGAAAAUAAAGUGUAACAUUU